AUGGACGCCGUGUUUACGUCCCUCGGGCUCCUCUUCGCGUUCUGCGUCUCAGACUACCUCCCGUGGCUGCGCGGCCUCGACCUGGAUGGCCACGAGAAGGUGGUCAAGGAGGCGAACGCGACGGUGAACCGGCUCCAUGACACAGUCAUCGACGAGCGAUGGAGGCAGUGGAAGUCCGGCGAGAGAAGGGAGCUCGACGACUUUCUCGACGUGCUCAUCACGCUCAAAGACGCUCAGGGGAAGCCGGCGCUCACCAUCGAAGAGGUCAAAGCGCACUCGAUGGACAUAAUAUUAGCGGCCACCGACAAUCCGUCGAACGCGGUGGAGUGGGCGCUGGCGGAGAUGGCGAAUGCACCGGAGGUGAUGGCAAAGGCGGUGGAGGAGAUGGACCGGGUGGUGGGUCGAGAACGGCUGGUGCAGGAAUCAGACAUCCCGCAACUCAACUAUGCCAAAGCGUGCAUCCGCGAGGCGUUUCGGCUGCACCCUGUCGCCCCCUUCAAUCUGCCGCACAUUGCGCUCGAUGACACCACUGUUGCCGGCUACCAUGUGCCCAAGGGCAGCCACGUCAUCCUCAGCCGCAUCGGGCUUGGUCGAAACCCGGUCAUCUGGGAGGAGCCACUUCUCUUCAAACCAGAGCGCCACAUUAAUAUGGCUGAAGGCGGCGAUGUGGUGCUCACUGAGAAUGAAUUGCGGUUCAUCUCCUUUAGCACCGGCCGCCGUGGGUGCAUCGCAUCAUCGCUAGGGACGGACAUGUGCAUGAUGCUCUUCGGGCGGCUAAUCCAAGGGUUUACUUGGAGCAAGCCGCAGGGGGUAGCAGCCAUUGAUCUCAGCGAGUCGGAGCAUGAUUUAUUCCUAACCAAGCCGUUGGUGCUCCAUGCAGAGCCGCGCCUACCGGUGCACCUCUACUCUGCCACUGGCAUCUAA